GACACACUGGAGCCUUUGACAUCACAACACACAGACACACACAGACACACACAGACACACACCUCUCUCGGCAACGGCGUUUCAGACCAACUUCUCAACAUGCUAACAAGGACUCUGCUGGUUCUCUGCUUGCUGGCGAGGAUGGGCCUAACAGCACCGGUUGAGGAGAGGGCAGGUGUUCUUCUGAAACAUCUCAAUGGAGUCGGAAAAACCGUCAGUCCAACAGAUGCUUCUGCAGUAAUUAAAGGAGUAGGAAACACCAUCGGUCCAAAAGAUGAUUCUGCAGUCGAUGAAGACCUGAUCACAGACUCGCCCGACGCUGCAGAAUCCCAGGAGCAGGUGAACGACCAGGAGGACCCACAGGAUCUCCUAGAGAACAGUUCAGAGGAGGAGGAGGAGGAGGGAACAAAGGAGGAGAGUUCAGAGGAGGAGAGUCCAGAGGAGGAGGAGGGACCAAAAGAGGAGAGUUCAGAGCAGGAGAGUCCAGAGGAGGAGGAGGGACCAAAAGAGGAGAGUUCAGAGGAGGAGGAGGGAACAAAGAAGGAGAGUUCAGAGGAGGAGAGUCCAGAGGAGGAGGAGGGACCAGAAAAGGAAAGUUCAGAGGAAGAGGAGGAGCCAGAGUCAGACCAGAAGAACGAUAGCACCGCCGCUGGUGUGGCAGAUGAUGCUGAUGAUAAUAAUGACGACUCUGACGAGGCUGGACAGUCCGGCAAGCCUAGCGAGUCUGACGAGGUUACCAUGGUUACCACGGCUAGCUGGGUUAACGACUCGAGCGAGAAUAGAGAGGUUAACGACCCUAGGGAAUAUACCAAGGCUACCGAGGAUAGCGACUCUAGCGAGAAUAAAGAGGUUAACGACUCCAGCAUGGUUACCAAGGCUACCGAGGCUAGUGAGGAUAGCGACUCUAGCGACAAUAGAGAGGUUAACGACUCCAGCAUGGUUACCAAGGCUACCGAGGAUAGCGACUCUAGCGAGAAUAAAGAGGUUAAUGACUCUAUCGAGGUAACCGAGGCUAGCGAGUCUGACGAGGUUGCCAUGGUUACCAAGGCUAGCGAGGAUAGCGACUCUAGCGAGAACAAAGAGGUUAACGACUCUAUCGAGGCUACCGUGGCUAGCGAGUCUGACGAGGUUGCCAUGGUUACCAAGGCUAGCGAGGAUAGCGACUCUAGCGAGAACAAAGAGGUUAACGACUCUAUCGAGGCUACCGCGGCUAGCGAGUCUGACGAGGUUGCCAUGGUACCAAGGCUAGCGAGGAUAGCGACUCUAGCGAGAACAAAGAGGUUAACGACUCUAUCGAGGCUACCGCGGCUAGCGAGUCUGACGAGGUUGCCAUGGUUACCAAGGCUAGCGAGGAUAGCGACUCUAGCGAGAAUAAAGAGGUUAACGACUCUAUCGAGGCUACCGCGGCUAGCGAGUCUGACGAGGUUGCCAUGGUUACCAAGGCUAGCGAGGAUAGCGACUCUAGCGAGAAUAGCGAUGUUAGCGACUCCGGCGAGGUUACCAAGGCUACCGAGUCUAGCGAGGACAGCAAGUCUAGCGAGGAGAGCGACUCUAGCGACAAUAGCGAGGUUAGCGACUCCAGCGAGGUUACCAUGGCUAGCGAGGCCAUCAAUGCUAGCAAGGCUAUCGAUGCCAGCGAUGCUAGCGACUCUAGCGACUCUAGCGAAUCUAGCAAGUCUAGCGAAUCUAGCGACGCCAGCGACGCUGGUGAUGCUAGCGACUCUAGCGAGGCUAACGAGGCUAACGAGGCCGGUGAGGCUAGCGAGGUCUCCGAGUCCAACGAGUCGAGCGAGGAGUCGGACCAGAAGCUAGCAGAGGAGCUGGACGAGAUGCUGAAGGAGUCCGACGAGUCCCCUGAGGAGGUGGAGGAGGAGCAGGUGGAGCAGGAGGAGCAGGCCUCCAGCAGCAGCAGCAGCGAGGAGACCCCAGACGACGUGGGGCCCACAGAGAGUGGCGCCGAGGAGCCCGGGACCAAAGACCCCUCCGCUUCGCUGGAAGACAUGAAAACUGAGGUUCCCAUGAAGGCCGUCCAAUCAGGUCACACAGCUGCCCCCAACACAGAUGCUGGGAACUCCAAGAAGCCUGAGUGAGACGUCUCCAGGCUGACUGAUCCAUUCCAGUCUUCCUCAUUCUUCAUCGCCAUGACAACCGCCUGUCUCUGAUGCCUCUCAACACCAUCUCCUCUUUCUUCAGCUGGGACACACACAUACACACACACACACACACACACACACACCACACACAGACAACCACACACACACACACACACACACACACACACACACACACACACGCAGACACACACACAAAUUGAACCACACACACACACACACACACACACACACAGACACACACACAAUUAUAACCAAACACACACACACACACACACACACACACACACACACACACACACACACACACACACACACACACACACACACACACACACACACACACACACACACACACACACACACACAGCCAUACACACUGUGGACGGUGCUGGGUUAGGCGGGAGCUGAUUGGCCGGUUGGAAGCGUCUAACUAGACCAAACUCUCCCGUAUUAGUUUAGCUGCCUGUUAACCCAGCAGGUCAAAGGUCACCCAGCCCUGUUUGUACAUAUUUAGUGUUUCUGUUUAAAUCUGACCCUCUGGGUUCUGUUGUAAAUCUUGGGGUUCCAACUGUUGUUCUGUCAGAGGAACCUUUGAACCUCUAAUAAAUUCUAGCUCAUCUGCGUGGAUGUUUUCUUUCCAGACUCAUU